UGUUUCUUACUUUUCUUGUCACUUCCUAAAUUAUUUUUCUAACCAAACAUCCCUGUGACCACAAACUACACAUCUUGUGACAUUUGCACACUGUCCAAUCCAAAUACACACACAGUUUCACUUCACGUGACUCUUUCGGUCUACUAAGAUCUCGCACUCAUGGAAUAAAUAUUACAGGGAGUGAAGUUGUAGUUCCCUUGAAGUGAACAUGUACCUGCUUCUUCUGAAACUGCAAAUUCUCAUCAUAUGGGCCUUUUCUCCAUCUCUUGUUUCAAGCUCCAUGACCGAGCUUGACACACUCAUGGCCAUCAGAGACUCUCUGGACCCAGAGAACCGUGUGUUGGUCUCAUGGACCCCACAUUCGGACCCUUGUAGUAGUGGCUCUUUUGAGGGUGUGGCUUGCAAUGAGCAAGGUCUUGUUACCAAUAUUUCGCUGCAGGGAAAGGGUCUUUCUGGAAGGAUACCUGAAGCCGUGGCUGGUCUCAAGAGCUUGACGGCUCUCUACCUUCACUUCAAUGCCCUCAAUGGGAUGUUACCAAAGGAGAUUACCACUUUGACUUGGUUAACUGAUUUGUAUCUCAAUGUCAAUAACCUCUCUGGUCAUAUCCCUCCUGAGAUUGGCAAUAUGUCAAAUCUUCAAGUUUUGCAGCUUUGUUAUAACAAGUUUAGUGGGAGUAUACCUACUGAACUGGGGAGGUUAAGGAAGCUCAGUGUUGUUGCACUGCAAUAUAAUCAAUUAAGUAGCGCAAUUCCAGCGAGUUUGGGUGAAGUGGAGACAUUGGAGCGAUUAGAUCUUAGCUUCAAUACCCUGUUUGGUCCAAUUCCAGUGACAUUGGCUAAUGCACCUAAGCUGGAGAGUCUAGAUAUUCGAAACAAUUCUCUCUCGGGUAGUGUCCCCACAGCUCUGAAAAGACUCAAAAGUGGGUUUCAGUACAUGAACAACCCUGGUUUAUGUGGGACAGAAUUUACCAAUUUAGCUUCUUGCAAAGCAGUAAGCAGUUCAGACCCAGUCAGACCCGAACCAUACGAGCCCGUUAAUAUUUCCUUAACUGAACCAAAACCUGAAAACUGCCGCAACUGUAAAAACACAUCAGAAUCAUCAAAAACAGGAUUGGUUUUUGCGGUGGUUGGAGUUUUCUCUGCUUCCACUAUUUCUGGUCUACUUUUGCUCCUACGACACCGCCGCCAGAAGCAGAAAGUUGCAAGUUCCAACAACCAGACCAAGCAAGCGUGCGUGCAAAGUGCAUCUCCUCUGAUAAGUUUGGAGUAUUCAAACGGAUGGGAUCCAUUGUCCAAAGGUGGAAGCGGGUACUCGCAGGAGUUUCUGGAGAGCCUCGUGUUGAAUCUGGAAGAAGUGGAACGCGCAACUCGGAGCUUCUCGGAGGUGAAUCUGUUGGGGAAGGGUAGUUUCUCAGCUGCAUACAGUGGGGUGUUAAGAGACGGUUCUGUGGUGGUUGUGAAGUGCAUUGCCAAGACAAGCUGCAAGGCUGAUGAAGCUGAGUUUCUGAAAGGCUUGAAGGUGUUGAGCUCGUUGAGGCAUGAAAAUGUGGUGCGGUUGAGAGGGUUUUGCUGCUCCAAAGGCCGCGGGGAAUGUUUUCUGGUUUAUGAGUCUCUCGCAAAUGGGAGUUUGUUGGAGUAUCUUGAUGUUGAGAGAGAGAGUGGAAGGGUGCUUCAAUGGUCCACUAGAGUGUUCAUCAUUCGUGGUAUUGCCAAAGGUAUUUGUUAUCUGCAUGGGAAGAAAGGAAGCAAACAUGGUAUAGUGCACCAGAAUAUAUCAGCUGAAAAUAUACUUCUUGAUGUUGGGUAUAAAGCUUUACUUGCAGAUUCAGGUGUUCACAAGCUCCUUGAAGAUGAUGUUGUUUUUUCUGCUCUCAAAGCUAGUGCUGCCAUGGGAUAUCUGCCUCCAGAGUACACCACAACGGGUCGUUUGACCCAAAAGAGUGAUGUGUAUGCAUUUGGAGUGAUAGUUUUUCAGCUUCUCACUGGAAAACGUGACACCACUCAAUUAAAUUGCCAAAGGGUAGAAGGUGCUAGCUUGAAUGAUAUAAUAAUUGAUGAGAAUCUUGAAGGGGUGUUCUCAGAAUCAGAGGCAACCAAGCUGAGAAGACUAGUUUUGCUCUGCACCCAUGAAUCCCCACAUCUGCGACCAUCUAUGGACAGUGUAAUGCUAGAACUGGAUGAACAGUAGAAGGUCCUCAAUGUAGCAUCGUGUUUCCUAGGGCAAUGAACUAUGUUUAAAUUGAUGUGUAUUAUAGUGGAGAACAUGUGGUAUUAAGGGAAAUGUUGCAUUUUAUAUUCAGCAUGUCAAUAGUAAUAAAUUUGAUUACUGAA